CUCACGCGGGACGGCGUCGCCCGCCUCCGCAACCUGCGCCCCGACGACGUCUUCAUCAUCGACGACGCCGACGAGAUCCCGGCCCGCGACGGCGUCCUCUUCCUCAAGCUCUACGACGGCUGGACGGAGCCCUUCGCCUUUCACAUGCGCAAGUCGCUCUACGGCUUCUUCUGGAAGCAACCGGGAACCUUGGAGGUGGUGUCCGGCUGCACGGUGGGCAUGGUCCCGGGCGCCUACGCCAAGCGCCGCGAGUACUACACCAUGCCUGGCUUUCGGCAGUACGAGAACAGCACGGGACACAUCCUGGUGCAAUGGUCGCUGGGCAGCCCCCUCCAUUUUGCCGGCUGGCACUGCUCCUGGUGUUUCACCCCCGAGGGGAUCUACUUCAAACUGGUGUCGGCCCAGAACGGGGACUUCCCCCGCUGGGGUGACUACGAGGAUAAACGAGACCUGAAUUAUAUCCGGGAGCUGAUCCGGACGGGGGGCUGGUUUGAUGGUACGACGCAGGAGUAUCCCCCCGCCGACCCCAAGGAGCAGAUGUACGCCCCCAAGUACCUGCUCAAGAACUACCAGAGGUUCCGCUACUUGUUGGAGAACCCCUACCAAAAAGCAGAGGGCACGGGGUGA